AUGUUAAAACUGACAACUCAACCGCGUAAUCAGAGAGGGAGAAGAAUGGACGCCGCGGGUCUGAUUCAACACAUUGAACGAGACAUGGAGGCCACUUCUUUGCCGUAUUCAUUGACCACCGACUGGCUGGAGGACGGGAACGAGACAAUUGGGAAUCAGUUCCAGCAGCCGGACUGGCAGGUGGCUCUGUGGGCUAUAGCCUACUCCCUCAUCAUCCUGGUGUCCAUCACUGGCAAUGUAACAGUGAUCUGGAUUAUUCUUGCUCACAGACGCAUGAGGACCGUUACCAACUACUUCAUCGUAAACCUGGCCUUCUCUGACGUUUCUAUGGCAACUUUCAACACUCUUUUUAACUUUGUCUAUGCGAUUCACAAUGACUGGUACUUUGGCCUCGGCUACUGCCGAUUUCAGAACUUCUUCCCCAUCACGGCAAUGUUUUCAUCAAUAUACUCGAUGGCAGCCAUCGCAGUGGACAGGUACAUGGCCAUCAUCCACCCUCUGAAGCCCCGCCUCUCGUCCACCUCUACAAAGGUUGUAAUUGCCCUGAUUUGGAUUGUAGCAAUAUUACUGGCUUUCCCUCAGUGCUACUACAGCGUGACAAUAUUUUACUACCCCAGAACCGUGUGCAUGGUCGACUGGCCGGACGACUAUGGAGGAACACAUCAACUUAGUUACCAGUUUGCAGUGAUAUUGCUGAUCUACCUGUUCCCUCUACUGGUGAUGCUGGUCACCUACAGUUUUGUUGGCCAAUCGCUGUGGGGUGGGCACAUCCCUGGAGAGGCGACAGACCAUUACCACAGCCAGAUAACAGCCAAGAGAAAGGUGGUGAAGAUGAUGGUUGUUGUUGUGGUGACCUUUGCCCUUUGCUGGUUGCCCUACCACAUCUACUUCAUAUUAGGAUCAUUUAACAGAGACAUUUAUAAACAACAUUACAUCCAACAGGUGUAUCUGACCAUAUUCUGGUUGGCGAUGAGUUCGACUAUGUACAAUCCCAUCAUCUAUUGCUGUCUAAACCAAAGGUUUCGUGCUGGUUUCCGUCACGCGUUUGUGUGGUGUCCCUUCAUCAAAGUGUCGGAGGAGGACAGAAUGGAGCUGCAGCACACCAACACCUUCAGAGUCACCAUGACACGCAGCCACCGCAAAGACAGUACAUACAGACACUCCUCCAUCAAAACAAACAACACCUUCAACGCAAACGUGGCUGUCAACACUGAGCUAAACACAGAGAGAGAUCCUUGCAUGCAGCUAAAAAAACAGAUACCAACAAAAACAUAA